AUGAGGCUGCGAGACUUUCUGCUCACUCUGCUGCUCCCGGCCGGCCUCCUGUGGGGGGGCUCAUGUGCUCAGCGCCCAGAAAUCAUCACCCAAGUCUCCAGCACAGAAGACUGCCCUGUGGACCUGUUCUUCGUCCUGGACACCUCAGAAAGUGUUGCCCUGAGGGUGAAGCCCUUUGGGGACCUGGUUACCCAAGUGAAAGAUUUCACCAACCGGUUCAUUGAUAAACUCACCCAGAGGUACUACCGCUGCGACCGCAACCUGGUGUGGAACGCGGGCGCGCUGCACUACAGCGAUGAGGUGGUGCUCAUCAAGAGCCUCACGCCGAUGCCCAGCGGGCAGAGCGAGCUGAAGAACCGCGUGUCGUCUGUCAACUACAUCGGGAAGGGCACCUACACGGACUGCGCCAUCAAGCGCGGCAUCGAGGAGCUGCUCAUCGGUGGUUCCCAUCACAAGGAGAACAAAUACCUGAUUGUGGUGACUGAUGGACAUCCCUUGGAAGGUUACAAGGAGCCCUGUGGAGGCCUGGAUGAUGCUGCCAAUGAAGCGAAACUCCUGGGGAUCAAAGUUUUCUCUGUUGCCAUCUCCCCCAACCACUUGGACCAGCGGCUGAACAUCAUUGCCACGGACCAUGCCUACCGCCGCAAUUUCACUGCCACCAGCCUGAAGCCCACCCGAGAGAUCGAUGUGGAGGAGACCAUCAACACCAUCAUUGACAUGAUUAAACUUAACACAGAGCAAUCGUGCUGCUCCUUCGAGUGCCAGCCUCCCCGAGGGCCCCCUGGACCUCCUGGUGACCCUGGCCAUGAGGGAGAACGAGGCAAGCCAGGUCUUCCCGGCCAGAAAGGAGAGGCUGGAGACCCAGGCAGACCAGGAGACAUGGGACCUGUUGGCUACCAAGGAAUGAAGGGUGACAAAGGAAGCCGAGGAGAAAAGGGCUCAAGAGGAGCCAAAGGAGCCAAGGGUGAGAAAGGCAGGCGUGGAAUCGAUGGCAUUGAUGGCAAGAAGGGCGAAGCGGGAUACCCUGGAUUACCUGGCUGCAAAGGCUCUCCCGGAUUCGACGGAGCUCAAGGCCCGCCUGGACCGAAGGGAGAUGCUGGUGCUUUUGGACCCAAGGGAGCAAAGGGGGAGCCUGGGAAUGAUGGAAAGCCUGGCCGACAGGGGAUUCCUGGCAACCCUGGAGAGAAGGGAGCUCCUGGGAACCCAGGUGAGCCUGGCCCAGCUGGAGAGACUGGUGAUGAGGGUGCUCCAGGUGAGGAUGGUCCUCCUGGAGAGCGGGGCAGCAAUGGGGAGAGAGGACCCCCAGGCUCGCCGGGUGACCGUGGGCCGAGAGGACAGUCGGGAGAGCCAGGACCACCUGGUGACCAAGGGCGGGAAGGACCCCUCGGUCCACCUGGCGACCAGGGUGAGCCUGGACCUUCAGGACCCAAAGGCUACAGGGGAGAUGAUGGCCCCCCCGGCAGUGAGGGUCCAAAGGGAUUGCCUGGAGCACCUGGGCUGCCUGGGGACCCUGGGCUGAUGGGAGAAAGGGGGGAGGAUGGUCCUCCUGGGAAUGGCACAAUUGGAUUCACAGGUGCCCCAGGGCAGCCAGGAGACAGAGGCAACCCUGGCACUAACGGAACAAAAGGCUACGUCGGACCUAAAGGUGACGAAGGGGAAGCUGGCGACCCUGGCAAUGAUAACCUGACCCCUGGGCCCAGUGGCAUCAAAGGAGCAAAGGGUCACAGGGGACGUGAAGGUCCCCCGGGACCACCAGGACCCGUGGGGCCUCCAGGACCAGAUGAAUGUGAAAUCUUGGACAUCAUCAUGAAGAUGUGCUCUUGCUGUGAGUGCACCUGUGGUCCCGUCGACCUCCUGUUUGUGUUGGACAGCUCAGAGAGCAUUGGCCUGCAGAACUUCCAGAUUGCCAAGGACUUUAUCAUCAAAGUCAUCGACCGCCUGAGCAAGGAUGAGCGGGUCAAGUUUGAAGCUGGGGAGUCCCGUGUGGGCGUUGUGCAGUACAGCCAUGACAACACGCAGGAGCUGGUGGCCAUGGGGGAUGCCAACAUCGACAACAUCGGCGCGCUCAAGCAGGCAGUCAAGAACCUGCAGUGGAUUGCUGGGGGCACCUACACUGGGGAGGCCCUGCAGUUCACCAAGGACAACCUGCUGCGGAGGUUCACGUCCGACAAGCGCGUGGCCAUCGUCAUCACAGACGGGCGGUCCGACACGCUGCGGGACCCCACCCCGCUCAACUCCCUGUGCGACGUCACCCCGGUGGUUUCCCUUGGGAUUGGUGACAUUUUCCGGAACCCUCCAAAUCCAGAUCACCUGAAUGACAUUGCUUGUUUAAGCAGACCAACCAGGCCAGGACUGUCCAUUCAAAGGGACAACUAUGCUGAGCUCCUGGAUGACACCUUCUUGCAGAACAUCACGUCGUACAUCUGCCAAGAGAAAAAAUGUCCUGACUACACCUGCCCAAUCACCUUCACCGGGCCAGCCGACAUCACGCUGCUGGUGGACAGCUCCACCAGCGUGGGGAGCAAGAACUUCGAGACCACCAAGAAGUUUGUGAAGCGGCUGGCAGGGCGGUUUCUGGAGGCCAGCAAGCCCACCGACGACUCCGUGCGCAUCUCGGUGGUGCAGUACAGUGGCCGGAACCAGCAGAAAGUGGAAACUCAGUUCCAGUACAACUACACAGUUAUUGCCAAGGCCAUUGACAACAUGGAGUUCAUGAAUGAUGCCACGGACGUGAAUUCUGCUCUGCAGUUCAUCACAGAGCUGUACCGGCGUUCUGCCCGCGCUGCGGCCAAGAAGAGGGUGCUGGUGUUUUCUGACGGACACUCCCAAGGGAUCACCGCCAGGGCCAUUGAGAGGGCUGUGCAGGACGCACAGAAGGCUGACAUUGAGAUCUAUGUGCUGGCAGUGGGAAGCCAAGCCAAUGAGCCCAACAUUCGUGUCCUGGUCACAGGGAAGAGUGCAGAUUACGAUGUGGUUUAUGGGGAGCGGCACCUUUUCCGUGUGCCUGAUUACACCUCUCUGCUGCGUGGUGUCUUCUACCAAACUGUGUCCAGGAAGAUAGCUGUUGACUGA